AAGGGGGCGGGGCCGCGGCGGCGCGGCGGCGGAGCGGGGCGCGCGGCCCAGGCCCCGCCGCCGCCAUGUGGCCGGUGCUGUGGACGGCGCUGCGCACGUACGCGCCGUACGUCACCUUCCCGGUGGCCUUCGUGGUGGGCGCCGUGGGCUACCACCUGGAGUGGUUCCUGCGCGGCGAGCCGCCGCCGCCGCCGCCCGAGGAGGAGAAGAGCAUCUCGGAGCGGCGUGAGGACCGCAAGCUGCAGGAGAUCGCCGGCAAGGACCUCACCGAGGUCGUGAGCCUCAAGGACAAGCUCGAGUUCGCUCCCCGGGCGGUGCUGAACAGGAACCGGCCUGAGAAGAGUUAACGAAGCCGCGUGGGCAAACCCAGAGCGAGCGUCCGGCCAGCUGGGCUUGGCCGAGGGCCCCUCCGUUCCUGCGGCUGCGGCUGACCGGCCUGUCCAGCUGUGUCCCUCAGCCCGAUGCCGGGGCUUCCUCCGCCACCUGCACAUCUUCCGCUGGACGCCCUCCAGCACCUGGCUAUGCUCGAGUAAUCUGCUGCGCCCGCUGCUGCUCUUCACCCUCCCUGGGCCCUCUGGAGAGGGGACUGGCCAGGGUUUGCCCACCCGACGGACACUCUCAGUGUGCAGCAGCCAGACCUCCUCUUAGGUGGCACGCUGCAGCAAGAAUGAUGCGCUGGAGAUGGAGUGUGUCUAAAGCUCCUCAGCUCCCAGCCUGUCCCCAUGCCCCCAAACCUUCCUGGCCUGGUUUCACCCAGAUCUCUUCAGAUUUGGUUUCUUCCUUGGUGUGAAAACGGAAGAGACUUGUGUCUUUCCAAGCAAAGCUCUGUGGAGUGUGCUUGGGCCUGAGUGACACGGGGUCGAGAGCCGGGCUCACAGCAGGGGGGAUGAGGGAGGCUGACGGGUGACCUGCCGUCCUGCUUAUCAGCUGCUUGUGAACCCCAGAUGUGCUUCCCGUAGAUCCCAGCACCACACUAGCAUGUUGCCGCAGCAGCCUGACCGGUGGUGGAGCCUCCUGGGACCUUCCCUGUGUUGCCUCCAGGCUUUGCAGCAGGGAAAGGGGGGCAGGGGGUGGAGGUCCUGGCUCUGCAUCUGUCGCGGGGUUGCAAGCACUGCUGUGUUUUUGGGCUGGGCUGAGGCUGACUGGGGAUGUGUAGAGAACGGAAAGAACUCUGCCUUGCACAGAAACAGCCAGAUUAAACUGCUGUGAGUCCUUGG